AUGCAAAGACAAGAUGACAUACCGAACAACGAAUUCGAUUUACCAAAUCUAAGUUUAUGGCAAAGGAUGAAGAACAAAGUUGAUCUAUCAGGAGAUGAAAUGGUUGGCUACUGUUUAUUGGUGUCAUGUCAAUUGUUCAACUCAUUUAUGAUUACAGCUUGUAAAUUGUUGAUCACCGAUAAGGAUUCAGAAACUCCUAUUCAUCCUAUUCAAAUUUUAUUUGUAAGAAUGUUCAUUACUUAUAUUUUAUGUGUCAUUUAUAUGUUGGUAUUCAGAAAAUCAGUGCCUGAUGCACCUUUUGGUAAACCAGAAGUUAGGAAAUGGUUAAUUUUAAGAGGUAUCGUAGGAUUUAUGGGGGUUUUUGGAUUAUAUUUUUCAUUAUUAUAUUUAAGUUUAAGUGAUGCCGUAGCUAUUACCUUCUUAGUACCUUUAGUUACAGCAUUCUUAGCUUUUGUGGUUUUGCAUGAACGUUAUUCCAUCGUUGAAGGAAUUUGUUCAAUAGUUUCAUUAGGUGGGGUUAUUCUUAUCGCUAAACCGCAUUUCAUAUUUGGUCAAGAAGCUGAUAAAGAAUCUGAUGUAGAUGAUGCAGUUGAGUCUUCUUCUACUGAGAAAAGAUUAUUGGCAUCCGGAGUUGGUUUAUUAGGUGUUAUAGGUGCAUCCUUAGUUUACAUUGUUAUCCGUAAAAUCGGUAAAGAUACCCACGCAUUGAUUUCAGUCAGUUAUUAUGCUUCAACCGUUACUGUGGUCUCAUUCAUUUGUAUCUUGGUAAUUCCAUCAAUUUCUUUUGCGUUCCCACAAAAUGCUUAUCAGUGGUUUUUAUUCAUCACCAUUGGAAUUUCAGGGUUCCUUUUCCAAUUCGCUUUAACUUCAGGUAUUCAAAGGGUUAAAGCUGGAAAAGCUUCAUUGGUGGUUUAUACUCAAGUUAUAUUUGCCAUUUUCUGGGAUGUGGUUAUUUGGAAUCAUUUCCCUGGAAUUUUAAGUUUUAUGGGUAUUUUGGUCAUUUUAGUAUGUACUGGAAUUGUUAUCAAAUAUAAACCUGAAGAAAAACCUGAAGAUAUUGAAAUGGGCCAACAUCAACCAUUAUCUCAAAAUGGUUAUAAACCUGAAGAAAUCCAACUACAAGAUUUUAUUAUUGGAGAUGACGAUGACGAUGAGGACAAUACCAACAGACAUCAAAAACCAAAUGAACAGGUUUCGGCUGAAUCUAAAUAA